GCUGUUCCCCGCCAUCGCUGCCGCGUAUAAAUGGACACCUUCUCCGAACAAAUCACUAACCAAAGUCAUCGGCAGACACGGCAGAUCCCAGGAUGCGAAAGUCAACCAUAGCACUGCUGCUGGUGGGAGCCCUAUGCGCUCUGGCAACACUGGAAGUGGCCGAGGCACACAAGGGUAGUGGCAAAGGGGACGGAAGUAGCGAGGAGUUGGGCAAAGGCAAAAAGGGAAAUUCGCCGGGAAAGGGCAAGUGGGAACCCCCGAAAAAGAAGAACAAAGGGGAGUUGAAGGACAUGAAGGGAAAAGGGGGUAAGCAAGACGAAGAGGAAGAAGAUUUGCCACCGAAGAAGGGUUCAAAGGGAGGUAAAAAGACAACGGUAAAGGUGACGACUACCACAAAGAAACCAAAAAAGACGACCAAGACAAGCAAGAAGGGCAAGAAUACCACAGGAACGACUAAGAAACCAAAGGCAACUACGAUUCCUGCUUGGUUGAGCAGUACAACGCAGCUGGACGAAAAGACCACACAGCCUGCUUGGACGGAAGAGGUGACAGAACCUUCCACCUCGACCACUCCGGAGCCUACUACCACGACAACGACAGAACCCACUACGACCUCAACAACAACGAGUACAGAUCCAACGACCACAACGACGACGUCUACGGAAGCUACUACAACUACGACAACCACUACUACGGAACCGCCAACAACGACGACGACUACAGCAACAACAACUCCGGAACCUACUACGACCACCUCGACAACUCAGGAACCAACAACAACUUCAGCACCGGUUCCUGCCAUGGAAGCUGAACCGACCUCUCCGAUCAAAGCGCCAGCUUUGGAGUCCAAUCCAAACAACAAGGUUAAACCGGGAGAUGAUCGGUUCGGAUCAGGAUCUGGAUCUAUUUAUGGAUCCGGGUCUGGUUCUGGAUCAGAAUCUGGAUCUGGUUCUGGCUACGGUUCCGGUUCCAAAUUUGGCUCCAGUUCCUACGGUUCCGGUUCCAACUAUGGCUUCGGUUCCAAGAAAAAAGACGAUGACUGGAAGGGAGGCCGUGGAAAGGGCAAGCCAGAUGACGAAUUAGACGACUUUUUGGUAUCGUUUGGAAGCAAGGGCAAAGGCAACGGUAACAAGUUUCAUGACUACCUACCGAGCGUUUCCAAGGGAAACAACGGUGGGCAGAAGGAAGUGACUAUCGGAAGUACUGGAAAGUCCGGUAACAAAAAACCGUUCUAUUAAAAGUCGAUGAGAAUAAAUGAGCUUGCAU